UAGGUACUGUAGCCAAAACAACAACAACAUCCAUGUUUUUGAUGUCGAUGUCUUACUACCACCACCAAUCUGGAUUGCGAUGAGAAAUGACAAACUGUGAUAGCUAACUGAGGGACGGAAAUCGUUGUUUUUUUUGCCGCGAGUGCACGAAAAUUACAUGAAAUUCAAGGAUGGACAUACGGUUUUUAAUCUCAUAGCGAACUGAAGAAAAAUCCCGCAAGUAUUUUACCACUGCAACUAAACACAUGUGUCGGCUUAACCGACUAUUUUCGAUUCCUCAAGUGCUACUGUCAACCACUGCCGUAAUCGCUGCCAGAAAAUUAAAUACUUUGCAUUGUCUGCCAAAGAAAUCCUUCGUCGGUCUAUGACAUGUAGUAAAAAAGCUCUCCUCAUCUCGACGCCUCGUCCACAGUUUCCAUAAUACGAUGCACUUUUUUCCAUACCAAUUAACUAGACAGUGCGUGGGUGGGUAGACAUCCAACAAGACCGAACCACUCCACUCAACUGCUAACUUUCCGACUUUUCGUCAUUAGUCAUCGGAAUUCAAUUUUUUACUUGAAAUUCAUUGCUCCUAUUGCGAAAAUUAAUGUCCAUCUGAUUUGCUAUCAAGACUGAUUGCAAGAUUGCAACUUUUUCCGAUCGACAGCUUGGACUAUAUCAAUUGCUACGAUUUCUUCCUACGACCUCCUUCAGUCCAGAAUUUCAACUUUAUUCCAGAAAUAUUGUUUUUGAUGACAACCUUUAAAAAUUUUACGCACACAAAAUCUGCUUCCAAGAUAUUUGUCUUCCACGAUCGUUUAUCAAGAAUAUAACAUAUUUAUUUAAUUGAAGAUUUUCUGGACGUUUCUGGCGGAAGUUUAAAAUGCUCUGGUUUAUUAGUACCCUAUAAAAUUAAAAGAAAAUUCUAAACGAGAAAGCUGGUUUGCUUUCAUAAAAAAUAAACCGAAAUAUGAGAGGUUGUUGUUGUGGAGAAUGGGUUGCAGUGGGGUGUCAGUAUGCGUGAGAAGUCAGAAUGUCAAACUCACGCAAGUCACGUGAGGGGCACAACAGAAAUGUGCUCACGUGAUCCUCCUGUUCUGCACCCAGCCCUUACUAAGGCUAAUUGUAAAACUUCUAAUCUUCAAUCAACUCAUCACAACGAUUCAAGCUCUGAUAGUAACGUUCUACCAACUCCUGGUGGCCGACUUAAGUUUUUCAAAGAUGGAAAGUUUAUUCUUGAGUUGUCCCACCGCAGAGAUGGUGAACGUACCACUUGGUUUCCUGUACCGAAAAAGACAUUCUGGCCUCCUGCAAGCACAACUCCAAACAGACAGGAGAGUUCUACGUCACUUAGUGUUUCAGACGACAACUCAUCAGUUCAGUCCAGCCCAUGGCAAAGAGACCAUUGUUGGAAACAAAGUAAUCCAAGACGCAGUGUGUCUACUGAAUUCAACUUUUACUUUCGCAGACACCCUAGAAAACGCCUUUGCAUGCAUCCACGUUUGAUAGCCAAAAAACGAAGGCAACCAUUUGAAAGUGGAACAUUACAUCUGGGUCUCGAAACAGUUUUUGGCUUCUCAAAACGAACAUCACCUAAAACUAACGGUGUUGCGACUGGUAGGACUCUAAACUUAAUUAUCGAGAAGCUUUUGCGACUUUUAGAUCCAAACGUUAUUUCACCUCGAAAGCGAAUUCUACGCGAACUAGAAAGAGUGACUCUCGAAGAUCAAGCAUCAAAGCGUCGUGCAACGCCGCAACCACCAAAUAAGACAACUAAUAUAUCAACACCGUCAGUUCAAUCUCCGAAACAAUUAUCAUCAUACAGCAUAACAAGUAUUUUAGGUGAAGACAAACCAAGCACAGAACCGGGUUUUUUAAGAACUUUACUUAAACCGGAGGACCAACAAUCAAUUAUAUCCAAGUAUUCGUCUAAUCAACCUCACCCGUCGGCUAGAGUUGACCCAUUCAUCGCUUCCGGUAACUCUAUGCAUCAUCCUCUCUACGGAUUACCCUUGCUGCCUCCUGGAACUUACAGGGCUCCAUUGUGGGUGCACUAUUCACCUCCCGUCCAAUAUCCACCUCCGAUGUCACUCUACGCACCGCCACCCCAUCCAUCGUCACCACCAGCGUUGGUUCACCAUUAUAAAGACUACAGGGAACAAACUCUCACACCUCCUUCAGAUAUGCCUCUGAAUCUAUCGAAGCAUGCGGGUUGAAUCUCAGGAUUCCAAAAGUCGGUGCCUUAUUUUUGGACAAAACUACAUAAUUACUCACCAUGCAACGACCAUGCGAUAUAUUAGUAUUUUUUUAUUCAUAAUAAAUAAAUAUGUAGAAGCUAGGGAUUUACAAUUGGAUUUUUGUAAAUACAGAUUAAAAUAACGUCACCAUCAGUAUAUAGAACUUAUUACUUUUAUAGAAUAAAUACAUGAAUCUAGUAGUAUUAUACACAGAGAAAUGAAGUAAACAAAAAUGCAAUAACGAAGUAUGUUGUCUAAAAGAACGUUUUAAUUUUAGUGUUACAUAUAAGCCCUCCAAUUUUUCAUUUUUCCAAUUUAGGUAUAACAAAAUUUCUAUUGGAAAAAUUUAUGGAUUUUUUUUUAACGACGAACGUAAGAAAUGACGACACCUUUGAAAGCAAUUUUUUAUUUUACUUGUCGUUUAAGAGUUAGAAAAUAUUUAAUUCUAUUUUUAAUUAUUUAGGAUAUUUUUUAUACAUUAACUCAGUCGACGCAAGUAAAUUUUUUUAUAUGUACGCAAGCAAUCUUAAAAUUUUUAAAUUUUCAGAUUUUUACUGCAGUGAAUGCAUUAGAUAUUUUAUUCAAAACGAAGUCAGUAUUAAUUCAAUUGUAAAAAGUAUAUAAUAGACUUUUGUGUAACAGUCGUCAUAUUGAACUUAAACAUUUGAUUCAUGAAAAUUAAUGAAUUAUUGCCAAACUUUUUUAUAUAUGUAUGAAAAUAUAUUUUUCUUACAUCUACUGUUCUAAAAAAAUCCACAAAAUUCUUGUACAAAUUUUUUUCAUUUAUUUUUUAAAUUUUGGCUAAGAUGUGACAUUUUUUUUGUUUUGUUUUAUGAAAAAAAAAUUAAUAGGUACUGUUGAAUGGAUGUAUCUCUUUAUCCAUACGCGUUAUCUUGUUAUUUCUAUCUAUUAAUAUUCUUAUUAUUAUUAUUAUUAUUAUUAUUAUUAUUAUUAUUAUUAUUAUUAUUAUUAUUAUUAUUAUUAUUAUUAUUAUUAUUGUUACACAAUUACGAUUAUUCAUUUUUUUUGAAAAAUCGUUUAAAAAGGCUUAGGAUUAUGUACAGAAAGGAUAUUAGCUAAAAUUUUAUUGCCUAUUAUAAAAUUGUAAAACAAACUAAUUUUUAAUUCAUCAAGCAAUAACUUUAACGCUUGAUAUAAUUAUUUAUACAUUGAUAAAAGAAAUUAAAGAAAACCUACAAUUGAAAAAGAGAAGUGUGUAUGUCUUUAUGAAUGAAAGAGAGAAAGGGAGAGAAUAAGAAUGAGAGACUUUGUUUAAAAGAAACCAUAAAAUAGAAAACUGUUUAUGAAAAUAUAUUGUACACAAAUCUAUCAAAGUUAUUAUUAUUUUCAUUAUUAUAAUUAUUUUUAUUCCAUAAUCAUGUACAUAUACUAAAAUAUGAAUUCGUAUUGCUUACUCACAUCAAAAUCUCUCACCUGAACUUGUCAUAUUAUUUAAUAUAAGUUAAAUAAAUUGUAUUCUGUUAGUGAAAAGGAAAAAACAAAAUUUAAGCAAUAUACAUACUCUUUACUUUAUAAAAGGUUAAAAAUAACAUUCACUUUUGAAUAUAAUUUAUAAAGUUUUCCGAACUGUAUGAAUGUGGGGGAGCAGUUGUAUAGAAAAGACUAAUUUCUUAAAUAUAAUUAUUUCAUAUACUA